UGCAGGUAGAAGGUGGCGUUGAGCAGCUCCUCCAGCCGGCGCGGGACCUGGUUCUCCUGGUAGUACCGCAUCGCCUGCCGCCGGAGCUUCUGCAGCUCCCGGGCGCUCCCGGAGCCGCGGCGGUCGCCGUCAUCCCCCAUGACGAAAGCAUCUGAGAUUGGGGGGCUAAGCACCCUGCCCCAGACCAUACCUCGAGUAGGUGAUGGAGAGCGUCGGCGUGUACGGAUUCUGUGGGUGCACGGCCAAGAGCAAAGUGAAGUGUGAUUCAAAGUGGGAGAUAGCGGCCGCAGAAACGGCCCCCACAUCUGCAUACUCAUCCCCAGCCCGGAGCCUCGGGGACACAGGAAUCACACCUCUGUCGCCUUCCCAUAUUGCGAAUGAUGCCGACCCCAGUGUGUCAGAGCAGCCAUCAUUCCUGGUGGUGGUGGCCAUCGACUUUGGGACCACGUCCAGCGGCUACGCCUACAGCUUCACCAAGGAGCCGGAGUGCAUCCACGUGAUGCGGCGAUGGGAAGGGGGUGACCCCGGCGUGUCCAACCAGAAGACACCCACCACCAUCCUGCUGACCCCUGAGCGGAAGUUCCACAGUUUCGGAUAUGCCGCCAGAGACUUCUACCACGACCUGGACCCCACCGAGGCCAAGCAGUGGCUGUACCUGGAGAAGUUCAAGAUGAAGCUGCACACCACGGGGGACCUCACCAUGGACACUGACCUUUCAGCAGCCAACGGCAAGAAGGUCAAAGCCCUGGAGAUCUUCGCUUACGCCCUGCAGUACUUCAAGGAGCAGGCGCUGAAGGAGCUGAGCGACCAGGCGGGCUCGGAGUUUGAGAACUCAGACGUCAGAUGGGUCAUCACGGUGCCCGCCAUCUGGAAGCAGCCGGCCAAGCAGUUCAUGAGACAAGCCGCCUACCAGGCGGGCCUGGCCUCCCCCGAGAACUCAGAACAGCUCAUCAUCGCCCUGGAGCCCGAGGCAGCCUCUAUCUACUGCCGGAAGCUGCGGCUGCACCAGAUGAUCGAGCUGAGCAGCAAGGCCGCGGUCAAUGGGUCCAGCUCCAGUGACACAGUAGGAGCUGGGUUUACACAGGCUAAGGAGCACAUACGGCGCAAUCGGCAGAGCCGGACCUUCUUGGUGGAGAAUGUCAUAGGCGAAAUCUGGUCUGAACUGGAGGAAGGUGACAAGUAUGUGGUUGUGGACAGUGGUGGUGGCACCGUGGACCUGACCGUGCAUCAGAUCCGGUUGCCCGAGGGACACCUCAAAGAACUCUACAAAGCUACAGGUGGCCCCUACGGAUCCUUAGGAGUAGAUUAUGAGUUUGAAAAACUCCUCUGUAAGAUAUUUGGAGAGGAUUUUAUCGAGCAAUUCAAGAUCAAGCGUCCCGCGGCAUGGGUUGACUUAAUGAUCGCGUUUGAGUCUCGCAAGAGGGCGGCUGCCCCAGACCGAACCAACCCCCUAAACAUCACCCUGCCCUUCUCCUUCAUUGACUACUACAAGAAGUUCCGGGGUCACAGCGUCGAACAUGCCUUGAGGAAAAGCAACGUGGAUUUUGUGAAGUGGUCCUCGCAGGGCAUGCUGAGGAUGAGCCCGGACGCCAUGAAUGCCCUCUUCAAGCCGACCAUCGAUAGCAUCAUCGAGCAUCUCCGGGACCUGUUCCAGAAGCCGGAGGUGGCCACGGUCAAGUUCCUCUUCCUGGUGGGCGGCUUCGCGGAGGCGCCGCUGCUGCAGCAGGCGGUGCAGACGGCCUUCGGGGACCAGUGCCGCGUCAUCAUCCCGCAGGACGUGGGCCUCACCAUCCUCAAGGGCGCCGUGCUCUUCGGCCUGGACCCCGCGGUCAUCAAGGUGCGCCGCUCGCCGCUCACCUACGGGGUGGGCGUGCUGAACCGCUACGUGGAGGGCAAGCACCCGCCCGAGAAGCUGCUGGUCAAGGACGGCACGCGCUGGUGCACCGACGUCUUCGACAAGUUCAUCUCGGCCGACCAGUCGGUGGCGCUGGGCGAGCUGGUGAAGCGCAGCUACACGCCCGCCAAGCCCUCGCAGCUGCUCAUCAUCAUCAACAUCUACAGCGCCGAGCGCGACCAGGUGAGCUUCAUCACCGACCCCGGCGUGAAGAAGUGCGGCACCCUCCGCCUGGAUCUCACCGGCACCGGCGGCCCCGCCGUGCCCGCCCGCAGGGAGAUCCAGACCCUCAUGCAGUUCGGGGACACGGAGAUCAAGGCCACGGCCAUCGACAUCGCCACCUCCAAGAGUGUCAAGGUCGGGAUCGAUUUCUUAAAUUACUAACGGGGGUCUCCCGUCACAGGACUCUGCUCACCUGCAUCUCCCCUACACCCCUCUACUCAGACUUUUUUUUUUUUAAAAAAAAAAAAAACCAAAACCCUGCCCUUGACCCUGGCCUUGGCCCUCUCCAAAAUUUCACCAGGGAGGGAGAGAACCAUCGACGAGGAGAGAAAUGACUGGGGACCUGGGAGGGCAUGAGGGCGUCAACUGUCCAUUGGAGCUGAAGACAGAUUUGGGAGUAGAAAAAUGCAAGGGUCCCAGGAAGGCACUUGGUUUUUUAGGACCCUAGGGGCAAACCCCCGACAAGGGAAUCAGCUCUUUCCUCCAGCCGGGAUGAAGCUGGCUUCCAGGAGUUCUCGGGUAGGGGAUCUUCCUUCCUGGAUCGGAAAUGAAAUCUUUGAGCUUCUCUAACUCUUUGAGCCUUCCCCCCCCCCCCCCGCCCCCUGGCAGCCAGUAUCAGGGGCCACCCAUCUGCGGUUCUUUUCCGCAUCAUAGGACUAGCAGUGGUGAUUUGGUGGGAAUUGGGAGCAUUUUUUUUUUUUUUUUUACCUGGUGAGGAUAGAUAAACUGCCUGCCGGGGCUCUAUUUUAGGCAUGGCCUUGUGUGGAUGGAGCCGGAUGUUAACACAUGGACGCUGGCCCAUGCCACUGGCCGCUCACACUGCAUGUGGCCUAAUACAUAUUAUAGUGCCCAUGUCAACGUCAGCGGCUCCUGACACCCUUUUAUGCUGAUAGAAUUCCAAAAUGCCAAAUCCAGAUGUCAGAACUCACAGGCCACUCUCAUGGGCUUGCGCAGGGCUCUGUGUGACUCAAGGAGCUUGCACUGACUCCUUGUUCCCAGACCCAGGCCUAGGAGGCCCUCCUACCCCCUUCUCUGAAAACAAACAAACAAACCCGUAUUUAUUUUAAGUGAAGCGCCUCGCCCCUGCCCAUGCUCUCUCCCCGAGUAUUGUGGCCAUUGAUUCCCACAUCUUAAAAGUGAUACUUCAGUGGUAGGUGGGCAGGGAAUGUCAUAGGAAAUGCUGCAUUUGAAUGUUACAUCCCUACAAGUUGGAUAGAAAAGUGGAGAUCCCCGCACUGCCUGAGAACUCCUGGCUCUUGUAACAAACAAGUUCCUGGACCCUUUCAUGAACCACAUUCAGGUCUAGGAGUGGGGGCCACAAUCUGCCACAGGGGACUGGGUUGAGCUGAAAUUUGGCCCUGUAGUCCUAGGCACAGACCUGGGCCUGCAGCCCCCUGGAAGACCAUGAUGCCCAGCCGCAUCCUGCCCACUUGUGAGUGGGACUCAGGAGCCCUCUGGGAAGAGCUCAAGGAGGAAAAGGCUGGAACAAAUACAUCCCUAAGCCCUGGGCUGGCCAACUGAGGUGCCAACUGUGGGUCCGUGGUGCCAACUGUGGGAUCUGUAUUCUUCCUUUCAUCCCCCACCCCGUGCGAAGCUGGGCUUCACCACCGUCCAGAACCAAGCGGGGAUCAGGACUCUUCACUCAUGACCCAUUUCCCCUGGUUCUCACCUGCCAGAGCUCCACGAUUGUAAAUCACUAGAGCCAGGCAGACGAGGAGCAAAUUCUGGUGCCAGUUGGACUCACACACCUGAUAUAGGCAGAUUUUUUAAAUAGCAUUUCCACGCUCAGCCUCGCCUUCUUUUUCACAUCGCUGGCUGCAGAAUUCCCUCCCUUUGAAUGUAAAAUCCAAACCAACCACAGAACUAGAGUCCAGGUGAUUCGCCUCAUAGUCUACUUGCAGGGGGUCUUUUUCUGCCCAAUCGGCUUCCAAAGCUACGUGUUAGGGGUCUUUCUUUGAGGUUGCCAGCCAUAAACUCCAAAUAAGACUUUUCGAUUUAGUUAUAAUUUUAUGUACAUACGAUACUAGAAUAUUGUACAGACUUCCUUAUUUCUACAAUGUGCUUUUCUUGUUUGAAGGGGGGAAAAAAAUGAAGAAAAUGCUCUUUGGUUUCUGUCGUUGACGUUGCUGCCUUUACUUUUCCAUGCUGUCAUUUACUUGUGACCAUGCAUUGUUGAUUUGUUCCGACACUAAAGCUAUGGCCUAUGUUUGCAAGACAGAGCAAUAGACAAGGUGCCUGUGGUCAGACUGGGGUGCCUGAAUGGAUCCCCUGUGCCCCAGCGCCAUCAGACCCUUCUCCAUGCCCGCCCCAUCCCCAAACGGUCACCGUCUCUGUGUCAGGGUGCAUCGGCUCCUGCAUCCUGUUCUCCUGUGAGUCUUAAAGAACUAAGCUAUCUGGCUUGGUGAGCAAUGGGACUGGGCAGAAAAACUCACACACACACACACACACACACACACACACAAAUCUUUCUUUGGGCAGGGGGCAUGGGGCAGAGGUCUGCUCUGUGGGAUGUUUUCGGUCCCAGGGUUACAGGAAGGAAUCAAGGGGUACAUAAAAAUUAGCUGUGCUGGGUUUUCUGCUGGAUGCAGUGGAAGUAGGAGCAGCAGGUUCCCCUGCUUUAUUGGCAAAGGUAAAUGAUCCCUUCCCGCUCCCCUCCCCCCAACACUCAGGAUGUCUCAGUCUGCAAUACCCCGGAUAGAUGAUGGCAGAGCGGACAAUGAUGUCAGACUUCAUUCUGACUCCAGAGAAGCAGCCCCACUAGUCGAACUCCUGAAAGGGAAACCCCUCAUCUACCCCACCCUUCUUGCCCCCACUAAAAAUAUUCUAGAGUAAAAGCCCCAGAUUAGUUAUACUUGGAGGCAUUUCCUGACGUUAGACAGUUUCUCCAAGACCUGCUACCUUGACCCGCUCCCCAGCUGUCCCUGGCACAGCAGCGGGCACUCCCAUUUCCGGGAAGCAGGCAUCAGUGCAUGCUGUGUGACUGACAGGUUACAGACAGGAGAUAGAAGACGUCAGAUUUUUACAGCAUGAUGCUAAGAUACGUCCAGGUUACAGAGCCUGCCCUAUCCAUAGAAUGUCCCUUAGAUCAAGUUUAGCUUUUAGAGUCCAGGUCUGGUAAAUCGCCAGGGUGGCAAAGAGUCGCAUGCGUCCCUAUCCACGGAGUCAAACUGCAUCCUAACUGAGGAUCGGACUUCUCACUGUCGAGGUGACAUAGCUGAAAUCGAGCUGCGCGUGUGUGUAUGCUGGGAAAGCGGCUUCCAUGACGGGGGGGACAUUGGCCGCAGCGGCACCAUCUCUCAUCUGCUUUGAACAGUGGACUCUGUCCUACAAACAGCAGCCAUCCAACUCUGGUUCACCACAAAAAUAAAUCCAAACUCCACAGGACUUCGCCGCAGCUCACACAACUCGACAAGGUUGUAUUUGCAAACCGUCUUCACAGAUGUCUAAUAAAGCAAACCUUUGGAUCUCA